AUGGACGCUGCCGGCGACUCUGAGCGCAACGAUGCCGCUUCACCCUCUUCUCCCAUACCUGCUGGUCCUCACCAUGCCGCGUUGAAUCGACAGAUUUCAGGCUCAAAGAAGUCCGCGCUCACCCGUACCCUCGACUGCGACCCCGAUCGCAACGAAUUCACCAUAGCUAUGGAAUACCUUCACCCCGAGAAGUUCGAUUCGUCCACCAUACCGGAUUCAGGCACCGCCGGACAAACUGCCAGUCAGUCCAGGUUGAGGAUCGAGCAAGAGGUUGCCAUGAUCUUCGAGAGCCUCUCUCCCGACCUCGACAGUCAUCUUCGCCAUGCCGAGCCUAUCGAGCCUACUAAGCAGCUUGAUGAUUCUGAGCCUGAAAGCCACGACAUGAUAACAGCCACCGUUUCAGCACCUUCUAUCGCAUCUUCUUGUCAUGUGGAGCCUUCUUUGGAUGAGUACACCGCUCCGUCCUGCGACAAUUUCCACAUGCGCUGGCUCUGUGAGGAGCCCGAGGAUCCCGUUCCAUACAUUGAGUCCGCUCCACUUCGGAAAAUGACGGCAACAGACUCUUCCUCAGGCGAGAGUGCUUUGCUUGAGUUCUUUCUGCAGGAUCUCAAGUGCUCGUGCUCAAACGGUACUUUUGUGCUCUGUCGAGCCUGCUAUAUGAACGACGAGUGGUGUCAUGGAGAUACGCACACCUUAGAUCAAUGGGUGUUUCCCGUUGACGAUCAAGAGCUCAACAUGCCCGAAGAGUACAUCCCGGAGUUCUUCUUCUGUGUCGAGAAGUCAAUCCGUCGCUUUCGGUCUGCACACACGUUACCUACAUGUACCACCUACUCGUUGCUCAGCCCUGAGGAUUCAGUCUUGCUUGACGAGGAGCGGCUGCAAUACAAAGGCAGUGUCAUGAUCACCGUGCUUGACUUUACAGUACUCUUUUCAGUAUCGCGAUACUUGUUUGGACCUGUUCGUUCGGCGGUACAGCUGACCAAAAAUCUCCAAGACUUGAGCAUCACCGGUUUCACCGAUAUACAGGUGGGCAUACUUGAACUCUUCCAGAAAACAGAGUGCGAUGAUAUCGAUGCUCUAGUCUUUUCUCCAGUGAACAGCGGGAAGUCGACGGCAGCCUUGCUAGGCUUAAUCAUGAAAGCCUCUAUCAAGAACGACAAGUCAGCCAUUGCCUACAUGUCCCCGGAAGAUUUCGCUGAAGUGCAGGGACGGAGCUGCAGAGCACCCUUCGCCAUCAUCGUAUGUCCGACGCGGGACCUGGCCAUCGAAAUCUUCAAAAGAGCCUGGUACCUAUGCUACAACACUAACGUCAAACCCGUACUCUCGAUUGGCGGCAAUGACGAUCUCACCGUUGGCGACAUUCUCAUCGGCACCACAGGAAAGCUUAACCGGAUUGCCAAAGAUCGAAUGACAGGACCCGCUCAAUACGUUGUAAUUGAACAAGCUUCCGACAUGCUUCAGGAUGGUUCGCGGAGAACUCUUCAUCGCCUUCUCUACGAGAAUGGCGCUGCUGACUGCAAUACCAAGUUCAGGUGUCUUUUCGGCGACGAAGACUUCACUGAGCACACAAGGGAGAACUACGAAAAGCUCGUUGGAUCUUCGGCAUGGCAUAAUCCAGAAUCUCCAAGAUUUGUCACCGAAAGUUUCGAGCCUGAGGUGUUUCCCGGUGAACAGGUUCACCAGCAUUUCUUCAACGUCGAGAAUCAUUACAUGGAUCUUGUCAGCAGACUUACAAAGGCGUUGCAUAGGAACGAUAAGGUCAGGGCUGUUGUCUUUACGAAGACCACCGAAGACUGCGAUAUCCUUGAGGAUCUACUCUCCCGCCGACUUGAUGAUGGGUUUCGUAAAGUCAGGGCGAGGGGCAACAAUAUGAGUCCACGCCAGCGAGAAGUUAACGUCGAAGCUCUGAGGCGCGGGCAAUGCCAGGUCCUGAUCACCACCGGAAGUCUUGCCUUAGGUGUGAAGAUAAUUAACGUGACUCACGUCAUCCACUUCACGUUACCUCGCGACGAAAAAAAGGACAAGAGCAAACUCUUCGUUGAGUAUCUCCAGAGGAACGGCAUGGGAGGCCUCUCGAAUCACAAAAUCACGACAUGGGCUUACUACGAUGAGGAAGAUGAGAAAUUGUUCACGUAUCUGACGAGGCACCUACUGGAAGUGCAGCAGGCUACAUCGGAGGUAGAGGUGUUGGAGAAGUUCUACAAUGGCGAGACUAUCAUGCCGCAUUAG